GUCUCAAGGUGAAUCUGUCCAACAGGGAAGUCAAGUGACAUCGGUAAAUUCUGGUUUCCAUUAGUUACCACAGCCACAAAAUUAAAUUGUCUAUAGGCCUAUCAUAAAAGUUUAUGAAAACAAACAUUUAGGUUGGGGUUAGGCAUAAGAUUUGUAGUGUGAUUAAAGUUAGGUUUAAAAUGUGAUUUUAAUUGUUGAAAUUGGCGGAGGUGGUUUAUGACUUUAAGGCUGUGGUAACUAGUGACGACCGCAAAUUCUCAAACAGCAAGCAAGUGGGAAAGGUUGCUUGGUCGACACGAAGCUAAAUAUGAACGAGACAAUAGAUCUGUAAAAAAAAAGAAAAAAAAAAAAAAAGAACAACAUUUUAAAAAACCGUGCUGUCUUACCAACCUCUUCAACUUCAAACAGGGAAGACAAUAUGAGUGACGCAGCUGCAACCGGAAGGCUAGAGGCACUGUCCUCCUAAAUUAACUGUUGACUGAAAUCAGUUGGACCACAUUGUUUGCCAUGGGCACCACACUGAGUGAGCCUUGCAUCUACGACAAGCUGUCUGAGAGCAUCGAUAUUCUCCGCCAGUCGGGGUAUCGCUAUGGCAUGUCAGAGAGGGAGAUUGAGAAGUUUAUCAAACAAGUCUUGGAGACCAACGAGCCUCGAAGAGAUCCACCACAAUUCCCCAUCCUUCGAGCCACCAUCAAGUUUGUGGUAGCAGUAGGCUUUCUGGUGGUGGUGGUGCUGGCCUUCACCUACCCCCAGACUCGGCCCCAGCUAGGUGUGACGUACACGGGGGGACAUAACUGGUCCUCCCCCCUCAGCCACAUCAGACUGCUGGCUCUGCCCAUUGCCAAGAAAUACAACCUGCAAGGUUUCCAUGAGUGGUGGAGUGCAGGGGCUCUGCGACAGGGCCUGGUCAACUGUUCUGGCUGUGCUGAGGUGUCCUCUGUGCUGGAGGUCCCUGAGACACUCAGAGAGUCUGCAGCCAUGCGCAGAGGUCCACAGCCUGUGCUGCUCAAGGGUGGGGAGUCUCUGUGUCUGCAGAGGCAGCAGCUAGAGGAGCUCUACUCAGCCCACUCCAGCUCCAUGAGUAUACUACUGGAGGAAGAUAACCUACUGUCACAUGAUGAGGGUUUUCCACAGGGCCCUGCAAACUUUACCCUGCUCUGGAGGUUUGCAUCUGGUGCCAGAGAGAAGGUGUUGAGGUGGCUGUUCCCCAAAGCUGAGCUAUGUCCUCUACUGGAUAGCGCUGGAACAACACUGCAGCGUUGCAUAGUCACACAUAGUGCCAACUCUCAGAGCAGAGGGGUGCGUGUGCUGGGCUGGCUGGUGGUAGGAGAAGGGCUACCCACGGUUCGAGUGGUCCCUGUCCACCGCUGUCAAAAACACUGUAGCUCCUUCAACCUCUGGCUGGGACCGGGAGAUAUGGUAUAUGCUGACCCGCGCUACUGGCAGAUGGAGCUGUUCCCCGGCCGAGACCAGAACAUUGUUUGUGACGGUUCCACUUUCUGAGGGAGGAGAGGAAAAACUGAACGAGACAGAAUGGGAGUAAAGGGGAGGAGGAUGGAGGGUUUGGACUUGCCAUCCAGAACUCUUAAACCCUCACUCCAGUCCAGACUUCUUACCGGCUGAGAAUAUAUCACUUCCUGUGAUUGGACCUUUUAACUGUCCCUUGUAGGCUUGUCCCACCCUCCUAUCUAGGUCUGGAAAAGUAUACUUUCCACAGGCACAAAAGAGACUGAAGAGUUUCCCCUAAUACUACACACAUCCCUAGCCCCUACUGUUCUCUUGCCUAAUACCAAACCAAUCCCUAAACCUCACCCUCUCUGGCCUAAUAUCAAACUCAUCUCUAGCCCCUACCUGUGCCUCUUCAUUGAUUGAUAUCCCUUCACAGAUCUGCGGUAACUGGAUGAUUAUAAGCAGGGAGGGGCCACACUUGGGCUGGGGAGAUGUGUGUUGGUUAGGAAGAGGCUGGAACGUUCUCCCAUUCAGCCCAAAGAAGAGAAAUGGAAAUGGAGAGGGUGACUGAACACAUUUUUUGGAACAUCAGAAGGCCUUUGCUCCUAUGCUGUGUUCAGUUGGAAUGUUCAAGAUUAUUUCGGUUAUGUAUUUUUUUUGCGAUCAAAUCACAUCCAGAAUUGGACAGUUUUGCAGUGCUGCCCUCCCUCAUCUACUCACUUAUGAACUGGUCUGUAUUCAUCUAAAUUCAACAUGUCGCUGCUAGUGUAACAAUGACAGUUGGUUAGGAGGAUGUGUAAAAUUGAUUUCUACAUUUAAGGUGAAUUGCUUUUGAUAACAAAGUGCAGAAGUUGUAUUUAAUAUAUAGUUGACGGUAAGUGCUUGUGCCAUAAUUUUAAAUGCUCUAUGUUAAUGUUCUUUUCACUUAUUGUUUUUGUUUUGUCUCUGCUUUUUCCCCCUGUCGUCCAUUCGCCCAUGUAAGCACUUUAGCUAUCCGGAACUUGUUGACAAUGUCAGUGUUUGAUGUUGUGUCACACUGUCGCCAUUCUGAGAUUUGAUCCUGUUCUAUUGCUGAACAUAAUAUUUAUACAGUUUUAAUCUCUCAGAAUUCACAAUUUUACACAUUGUCAAGAUAUGGCCAUAUUGUUAAGUUAUACAUUGUCACCGUUUUAAGUAAAUCUGUUUUUAGACUUGUCACUUUGGUUUUCUCAAUGCAUCAAUAACAAUGUGAUUAUGUACUGGUAACUGCCAAAAUAAAGGAAACUCUUGAGUAAAUGAGGGAUACAAAGUAUAUUGAAAGCAGGUGUGGUUCCUGAGUUAAUUAAAUAACAUCCCAUCAUGCUUAGUGUCAUGUAUAAAAAUGCCCAGUUGCCCAUUAUCUACCACGGCAAGAAGAAGAAGAAGAGAUGUCAGUGACUUUGAAAGAAGGGUCUCAAAGGAGCAUAGGGGGUUUAAGUGGUGUGUCACCAGAUCUCAACUCAAUUGAAUACAUGGGAGAUUCUGGAGCAGCACCUGAGACAGCGUUUUCCUCCAACAAAACAGCAAAUUAUGGAAUUUCUCGUGGCAGAAUGGUGCCUCCAAUAGAGGUCCAGACACUUGUUGAUUUUAUGCCAUGGCUCAUUGAAGCUGUUCUGGUGGCUCAACACCAUAUUAAGACACUAUGUUGGUGUUUCCUUUAUUUGAGCAGGUACCUGUGUAUUUUCAAGGGAAUUCUGUUAUCAGAGCUGCUUUUAUUAUUUUGUCAUGUUCAAAUGAUGUCAAUUUAUUGAAGCCUAAACUAUUAACAGUGGUUAUUACAGUUAGACUUCAUGACUGGGGAUGUAUUGGCAUAUACUACUGCCAUAUUGUGUAUAUACAUACUGUGAAUGCAACUGUUCUUUGGUAGUACACAUAUCCAAUUCCCUUUGUAUGAACUCUGAGGAUAGUGCCAAAAAUGUCCUUAUUUGAGUCAGUUUUCUGGGUGGAUAACCCAGUCUGAAGCCCAGUUGGGUGGGUGAGAUCUUUAUCAUUGUCUUUGCUGCUCAAAGUAUAUUUGUGGUUCAAGGCCCUCAGCUUUCACCAACCACUAUCAUCUCCUUCCUGAUCCUGAAACAUUUGCCUUGAGUUGAAGCUUGCCUUUUUCUUAUCACGCCUUACUUACAGUAUGUUAAAAAAAAAAAAAAAAAUUCUGUUAGCAAGGUUAAGACUACUACUAAUGUUGUCCUUCAAGCAGGCUGCACUGGAUACUUUGAUGAAAACAGGGUAAUGUAUGUCGCUGGCUUUAAAGCUGCAAUAUUUAACUUUCUGGGCCACCUGACCAAAUUCACAUAGAAAUGUGAGUUAUAUAUCUGUCAUUCUCAUUGAAAGCAAGUCUAAGAAUUGGUAGUAGAGCUGUUAUGUGCCGGAUUUCUAUUCUUCCCAUUCUUACAUUUUGUUUGUGUGCCUUUUACUUUCAGUUUGUACACCAGCUGAAAAUACAAUUAAGACAAUUCAACUUGUUUAAAUUGGCUUUGAAUAAUAGCUUUGUGUGAUCAAAUUGCAAUGUGAGUCAAGGUUUACACACACAACCAAAACAAGUGUGUGUGGGGGGGGGGGGGCGGCGGCGGGUGUCUAAUAGGUGUCAUGGAAAUCCACACUGAUUUGACCAUUGUAUUUUCAGAUAUCCCUUGAAAAAAUGAGACCUUAUAAAAUGUGCAAUAAUCUGUGUUGGAUCGUAAUCAGAGAGCAUUGUAUCAAAUAGUUUGAUUUUCUGCACUCUUGUCAGAUGCUGAAUGUUUAUAUAAUGUUUAUAAAUAAAUGUUUUCUGCUCUACUGUG